AUGCGGAAAUCGGAGAAAGACUUGACAGAGCACCGGGCUGCCCAAACAGCAGUUGAGGAAGGUGAUGACAGGGAGACCAGUGAAGGGGAAGAGGAAGAAGAGGAGGAAGAGGGGGGCUGGGAAGAGAGCAAUGAGGAGUACUGCUUUGAUUCAGAUGGCUCAAAGGCAGUACCUGUAGCAAACAGUGGCACCAUUCCACUCUAUGACGACGCAUCUGAGGGUUCAGCUCUGGUUUAUCCAGUGUGGGGUCAAGCUUCAAGUGACUAUGAGACUGAGGAGGGUAGCAGCCCACCAAGGAAACGGCAAAAAAGGGAGUCAGAAUGUGGCACUUGCACGUCUCCAGAGACUUCUCAGUACUGCACAACAGAGGCUUCCAGUGACGACAUGGCAGAGAGCGAGAAAGUCAUGGAUUGCCCCCAGAACGCUGUGGUCACUUUAGAUGACCUUCAGCUGGGCUGGUUGGCUGUCCUCAAAGCAGCAGACUUGCCCAUUACUGAAAACGACGCAGAGAAGAAAGCUGAAGGCAAAUUUUUGGAGGUGUUGAUGGAAAGAAACCAAACACGGGCAGUGGAUAUUGCUGGCAGGGCAAUUGAGGUUCUGCGCUGUGUGGCUGAAGGGAUGACAGAACGCAAGAAAAAAAUAUGGGAAAAGUUCCGAUCGAAAAAGAAGCAGCAGGGGCUGCGAAUCUGGAAGCAGAGCAGGUCCCAGCCCACAUUGACAGCAGAGUGGGAGAGAAGCCUGAAGCAUGCAGAGAAACAGCUGAGGAACCAACUCCUAGAGUUUGUCAAGACGCACUGUGAAGGCGUGCCAAGCACAAAAGAGAUCAUCAAGGGUUGUCUGUAUGCAUUGGAAGGUCGCCUAGAAGACAUCAGCAGGAAUCGGUUUAGGCUGGACAUUGCCAAUUUGGAGGAGCCACCUGAAGCGCCAGCUGCAAAGCCACAGCAGCCACGUGAGAAUGGCCUUUACUCUGGUGACUACCACAGACAAAGCAGUGGCAACUUGGGAUGCGAAGCGCUGGAAGCGUCCACAACUGUUGUUUUUGAUCCUGAAGAAGUCUGCAUUGGAGAUUUGUUGCGAAUACAACAGCAGAGUCGGUGCUACACAGCUGAGUCAUUGUUUGUGCACGGCAUCGUCGUGAGUAUCAAAGGGUCUCAAGGUGGUCAAGAGGGACCAAAAGAUGUUGACAAAGUUGCCAUUGAAGUGGUGGUUGCUGGGAGACAGCCAUCAGUUUUGCACCUGAAUGCAUCGGAUUUUCAAAAGGGACUUGUGCACAAGAUCGACAAGCAAAAAUUUGGCAAAACGGGUCUUCAUGUUCUUCAAGGGCAAGCAGCUGAAUACACGAGCCAAAGAUCUGAAUUGGCAGCUGAAAAGGAUGUGGCACAGAUCUUAGCUGCCACUGAAAUUGCAGAGGAAGGUAAGAAGGAACUGGCAAGGCUUGUUGUCUUGAGGCGAUGGGCACGGCAACCUUUUGCCAGUUUUCAUGGUGCAAGAGGCCUGGCCGAAAUGAGUGUACCUCACAGAACAAAGCUGAUCAACAUUUGCUGGGAUCGAAAUGCAUUCCAGAAGCCUGUGGUGCUAGAGCGAAGCAUCGUGGCAGGUGUGGAAUUAGAUGGCCAAUUCGGUCUCUUUGCUCUCUACACAAGACAAGUGUAUUGCUAG